CUCUUCCACUGUCCCCGAAUCUACUGAUGAAGACCUUGGCAGUUUUGGCGAAAUGAUCCAGACAGCACAAUUUCAUCAUCCAGCUCCACGCCCUUUUCAGGGUCGCAUGCCUCUGGUUCGUGCUAUGAGCAUGGAGCAGCGCUGGCAAGAUCUCGCCAGCCUGCUGAGUCUGCCAGGACCACCAGCAGACACAGCCUCUUCGAUGGCCCACCCAUUUGCUCAUCAUCACCACCACCAUCAUCACCACCACAACUAUGGUGCAGCAGCUGGAAGUCCGUAUCCUCCGCCCCCUGACAACAGCCGCAGUGUGUUGUUGCACAAUGCCACUUUGGCUCCUCCAAUGGGUGAUCUCAAUGCGUCUAGCCCAUAUUCCAAUGUCACCAUGAGUGGUGCUUCUAACUUGGGUUCUGCUGUUGCUACAUCUAUGAACCUCACAAACAGCAGUGAGCCUAUGGGUGAAAGUGCACCUGGUGGAUCAUACAAAAUGGAGAAUCCCCAUGAUAUGAUGUACUAUCAGAACUCCACAGCAGAAAUGAAUCAAACUACAGAGGGAUUCCUGUCUUCUUUUUUGAAUGAUGAAGACUUGCAACUGAUGGAUAUGGCCAUGAAUGAUGGAGGAAUCCCUGCACAGACUAAUGCCAAAGAAUGGCAAACAUGUGAGAAAGGAAUGUACUCCAUGCGAAUGCUGGAGAAUAACAGCUCUAACAAUGGAAGUAGUGUGGGAAUGCCCCCAGCAUCAGAGGAGCGCAUGGAUGCAUCAUCAGACAGUGCUGUUAGCUCAAUGGGCUCCGAGCGAGUUCCAUCUUUGUCAGAUGGAGAAUGGAUGGAAACAGGUUCUGAUUCAGGCCACACAACUGCUGGGGAGCACUAUUCAAUGGAUUAUCAUGGCAGCAAAUAUCGUCCAUAUGACUAUAGCUUCUCUGGAAGACAACAUUCUGGGGGAGCAGUUGGUACUGCAGAUUCCCAUCGUAUGCCUCCCAUGGCCCAGAAAAAACAUCAGAUGUUUGGGAAGAGAUACUUUCAGGAGCAGGGUGCUGCAUCUUCUCUGGGCAACCAUGGUCCCGCUGCCAGCUUGCCCCCCAGUGUGCCGAUCAAAUAUGAGUAUGGUGAGGCUGGGACUGCAGCAAUUGCCCCUGGGAAUGCUUUUAGUGGGCCAGUGGAAGGGGCUGUGGGAGCUAAGCCCCCUGAGAUGAAAUAUAGCUGCAGUCUGGAAUUUGCCCGUCAUCAUGCAGAUGCUAGACCCAAUUUGGAGCAUGUUCAGCACAACCAUUCAUACCACCUCCCCCCUGAAAGCAGUGGUAACAUGCAAAGGCCAGUUGCCCGAGACAAGCAGAAGGGGCGGAAGGAUUCUGCUGGUGAGCACUUGAAUAGGGAUGAAAAGCGAGCACGUGCAAUGAAUAUCCCUAUUCCUGUGAAUGAUAUCAUUAACUUACCCAUGGAUGAAUUCAAUGAAAGACUGUCAAAAUAUGACUUAAGUGAAGCCCAACUUUCUCUCAUUCGUGAUAUUCGUCGUAGAGGAAAAAAUAAGGUUGCAGCCCAAAAUUGUCGAAAGCGCAAACUGGAUCAAAUCCUAAGUUUAGCAGAUGAAGUAAAAGAAAUGAGGGAUCGCAAAAAUCGUCUGAUGAUGGAACGUGAAUAUAUGCUUGCUGAAAGACAACGUGUGAAAGAGAAGUUUUCUCAGUUAUACCAUCAUGUCUUCCAGUCACUGAGAGACCCUGAUGGAAACCAAUACUCUCCCUAUGAAUAUAGCUUGCAACAAUCUGCUGAUGGAUCCGUACAUCUGGUUCCACGCACAAAUUCUUCGACUGUGCUGGAGCCCUCUGAAGCAGCCCGGCGUAAGCAACAGAAGGAGCAUGAUCAUCAACAUAAAGAGUGAUCUCUUAUGUUUGAACAAUCCUUAUGUCAAGAAGAAUAUUGAAGGAAUCUAUAUGUGCAAGGACAUUUUAUCAAAAUGCAGACAUUAAAAAAAAAAAAAGUAAAUGACCGUUACUUUUUUGUUGAUCUCCGAGCGAAAUAUUUCGUGUAACACUGAAAAAAUUAACGUUCAGUGGUAUUUUAAAUCUCUCUUCAUUAAAAAUAUUAAUGAUGCAUUUUUAAUGGGUUUCCAAAUCCAUAUUUUCACAGUUUUUAAAAUAUGAUUCUUGAUUUUUCUGUAAGCAUUUGAAGUUUUCUGCAUAGCAGAAUUAAUUGUAUUUUCCUAUGCAAAGGUAUAAUACCUUGCUUUAACAUGCAUAGUGUUUGGCCUGAUGCCUCUCAGGUAUAACAAAGAUGCCAAGAGUGCAAUAACUUGUUACCUGCUCUUUAAGACAUUGCUUCAAUAUAUUUCAUCGUAUCAGCCUAAAAACAUGUGGCACUAUUUUAUUUACUAAAUCAAGUACAAGUUAGCACUUGCUUUAAAUAUCAAGAAAAAGUGUUGAAAUUAACAUGCCAGAUUGUUUGGCAGUGUUUUAACUAGUUCAUAUGAACUUCAGAGGUGUACAUUGUGCAGAACAUAAACUAGCAAGCAUGAUUUCACUGGAUAGUACUUAGUGCAUAAAUAUAGGCAUAGUUGCAUUAAGCUAUGUUUUAUGGGUACUUAGUGGAAUUUGAGUGUGCAAAACAUUGGUACCUGUGAGUGCACCGGCACUCACCUUCCAGUUUAGCUCAAGGAUUUGAAGUGCCACGCAAAAGGGUAUUUUAGCCUUCUUUCUGACAUUGUGAUUGCACUGUGCUCAGUUGAUGCCAUGCUUGAUUCCUUUGCUGGGUUUUAAAGGUUCUUUUCUGUGAAAUAAGUGUGUACAUGUUGCAUACUUUCUUGGAAUGUGUUGAGCAUAUAACAAGGAGUUAUCUUUCCAAUUUCCAGUAAUUUGUGUAAUAUGAUCAUGUUGUAGAUAGUUCAAUUUCUGCGUCUAUUUCAAAUAUAGUGAACAGUUUGGAUACCGUUCUUUAUAUAAUCAAAUACUUUUACUUAGCUUCUGAAUUUACUAUAUUAAUGUACGUAGUAAUGUUGAAUAGCAUUGUAUCUAUACAAUUGCUUUGCAUAAUUAUGAAAUAUAUAGUUUGAAGCAUGUGGUAGGCGUUAUGCUUAAGUAAUUUGUAGAAUAAUCCAAUUUAAUUGAAAGAUGUCUUCUUGUUCUGUGCUGUUCAUAGUUUGGGUGAAUGCAGAGUGUGUUUUAGAUUUCAUGGAACUCAGCAGAAAGGACAAUCAUGGCUGCAAAAAUCUAUGCUAUUUUUUGUAACAAUGGGAAAUUAUUUGUUUAUAAACAGGGAGGAUUGUUUCAAUUUGUUUGCCUUCAUAAUGGCAUUGUAUAAAUGGAAGUGUGAAUAUAGAACUAUUUUUAUAUAACUCAGACAAAUCCAACUGGUGUUUUUGUGUAAAUAUAUUGUAGUGUUUUAUUUUGUAUGAGCUCUAGGAAGAUAACAUUCUUAAGGGUGGUAGGCCUUUUAAUUUUUGAUAUGGCCUGGGCUGUAUAAUAAUCAUAAGUAGUCUGUUUCUUACCAAAUAUAUGCAGGAUUAAGUAUAUUCACUUUGAUAGUUUUGUACUUGCCAAAUUUAAAGAAUCAUACCAGUACACUGUAUCCUUAAAUUUUCCAUGCCAAUAGCUUGUGCAUUUUUGGUAUAACAUAAAUUUAAUUUUUGUGUUCUAAUGUUUCCAUGUUAUUUGGAGACACCUUGUAGAUAAAAAAAUAUAAGAUUGAAUUAUUGGAUAAAUCCUCUGAUGUGAAAUUUUCAAGAAAAGAAAAUCUACUUUUUUUCCUAAAAGAGAAAUAUCUAGAUCUCAUUUGUAGAUUUUUGAGAGUAAAAGAUGUUAUACCAUCUGUUUUGUAGUCAGUAAUACACAAAAUCCACUUAUGUAAUCAAAUUAGUUAAGUGGUAGAAAGUGUCUUGAGUUUUGCCAGUAACAUUGAAAAUAAUUUGUGUAUUUCAUGUUUUAAUUAUGAAUGCUGUGUUUUUUAUAUAUUUUUCAAUUUUACAUUUCAUAAUUACAUUUGAGGAAUUUUAGAUUAUUUAGUGUCCAGAAAAAUGUUCAAUUUAAAAUGAUUUUUGCCUCUUGGAUAAAACUAUGUAUUGAAUGCAAUGUUCGAUUUAUUGUCACAAGCAUUUGGCAUGAUGCACUGGCAUAUUUCAUCACCAUAUCUCAUAUGUAAAGAAUUUUAUAAAUUAUAUAAUUAUAUAAUUUUAAAUGCAGUUUUCAGAUCUUACUGUACCCUACAUGUUGUACAUUUUCAAGAAAUUAUUGAAUUUAACUUUAUGUACUCAUGUAGCUGAAAGCAUUUUGCAAAUACUUGACUCUUUUUCAAAACUUCUAAUUUUUAUGGAACUGUACCUUCCAUUGUAUUAUUUGCCAGUGUGAAACUUUGAAUAUGCUUUUAUCUAACUGAGCUAGAAAAACAAAAAAAUAAAUACUACAUAUUAUAAAUAUUUGUUUGAUAAAUAUCCUUUGGUAGUUUUCUUGUAACACUAAGACAACUAAGUCACUGGACUUCCCACAGUUUACGAAAUAGAAUUAAACUACAAAACAGGGGCACCCAAAAGGGUUGGAAGCUUGCCCCAAGCCCUGACUUAAUUGAGGCCCCAAAAAUUUUGUUUAAAUUCAAAACCAAUGAAAAUGCAUUCACAUCUAAUUCAAAUUCACAACUAUAAGUUAUUUCUUUUGCAUGGACAAAUGAAUUCAAUUUAUGUAUUGGGUGGGUGGUGUGGAACUUUUGUUUUAAAUAAGCAACUGUCCAGGCAUCUUGUUUUCUCUGGGCGUCCCUACUACAAAAUAACUAUCAGUAUCAUUGAUGUUAUAAAUUAAUAAUAUAGCAAAUAAAUAAUUUUUGUGGGAAAGACAGUUAAAAAAAGGUAACUGAAAUAAAUAUGUUAAAUAAUUUUAAAGCAUCAUUAGAAAAAUACUUAUGGUACUGAAGAUUAAAUGUAAUUUUUGCUUAAUUUACUUUUUUCAAUCUUCUCUCCUAGUUUGUUAUUCUUUAAAACAUAUAAUUGCAUUGUACAAAACCCAAAACUACAGGAUUUUCAUUAAAUGUAUUCGUUAAGAAGUCCUUAUAAAAUUGCCUUGAGUGAUCAUUCUAAUAUAGUGAAUAAUAAUAAAAAGUGGUGGCUUGUGACAUCAAAAGUUAAUGACUCAUUUAAUUACGUUCAAGGAGUUCAUAAAAAUUAUGUGGCAAGAUGGUCUAGUUAUCUUUGCUAAGAAACCCUGCCUUACAUAGAUCUCUGGUGUGUAUACUUAAGUAGUCAAGCACUCGCCAACAAUUGAACAGGAUGGAUGGCAUUUCUAUUAUAGAGGUCAUAAGGAAUUAGUUUUUUUAAACUUUUAAUUAAAAGUUCAGUAAUUGAAUAACCAUUGAAAUUUGUGAACAAAAGAUUGACACAAAUGUUGGUGAAAUACCAAAGUGUUUGCUCCACCCAUUUUGCAACUCUCAUGAAGUUGUCUCACUGCUGCCCUGUGGGAUCUUGUUAUCUACUCACUGUACAGGCUGCUUAUGCAAAAGCUGUAUGACGGUCUUUUACAAUCUUCUUGGUCUAACAACUCCCCCAUCCCAGGACUUUGAGAUGUUGACUAACGUCAUGGAGAUAUUAGCCUCUUAAUACCACCUACUAUCUCGUAGCCAAUGUAUUCUCUUCUGUUGGGAGGUGGGUUGCAAAGUGGAUACUUGGGAAACCUAUGCUUUAGCAUUGGAACUCCCAGGUAGAAACAUGAAGUAAACCAUCAAGCCUGCACAACACACAUGGAUUAUUCUCUUGUAUUAUAUCAACAAAAUUGUAAAUCUGUUAUGACUCAUAUGAGUAUUUAUAAAAGUUGAAAUGUAAGCAUAUUAUAUUUAACUAUAUAUAAUUAAAUACAUUGAUUUAUUUUGGUUGUAGUGCAAACAUGCUACAACUGUUAUGAGCCACCUCUGAUAAACAUGUUAUUUUAGGAGAAUGAAUGAAGUCAUUAUUUUUGUUGAGCCACAUGUAUUUGAAUCAUGUGUGAAAAAUUUGUAAGGUAAGAACAAAAUUUAAUUUUGAAAACAGAAUUGAAAUUUGAUUCUACCUCAUUAAUAGCUAUAAUAAAAGUAUGUUUCCCUGGCAUAUUUAUCAGUACAUGCAGUUAAAUGCGAAAAGUUUCAAAAAUUCUUAAUUGUAUUUAUGCACCGUUGAUUUACAUACAAAAAUAUGGAUUUAUAUGGAUAUAUUAAUUUAUAUACAAUAAUAAUUAUUAUUAUUGUAAUUAAUAAUAAAUUUGUCACGAUAUAUAUAUAUAAUCAUACAAUACACAAU